UGCCCUGCAUGAGGCGCUGACGCUAUCCGACCGCUGGCUGACCGGCUUUCUGGUCGACUUGGACAGCAUCGCCGUUGGUGACAGCCGGACGAUCGCCUAGCGAUCACGUCGCUAGCAUGCGAGCUUACCUAUAGGAGAUAUCAUCGCAGGAGCGCAGUGAGUGAACUAUAUCGAUCUAAGCAGGCCCGUGCUGCCAUCGGCUUCGUUCCAAAUGCCUUCGUCAAAAUCGUUCUACAUGGACUCUCUGCUCACCAAGUCUUCGAAGCAGUCCAGGGACCGGUCCAAGUCCCGAAGUUCAGCCGCCGCGGCCGCAGUGUCCAGCUGGCUGACACCCAUGCUCCCACCGUCGCCCGUCCUGGCACACCAUCACCAGCAGCACAUGUUCUGUCGGAGGCCAGCGUCUCACGCGGCUUCAUCGCCUCCGCUGCUGCCGCCUCACGCCCCAUCGUGGUUUCCCUGUUGUACACUGUGCGUGCGCGGGUCCCAGGCCAGCGCGCUUCCGGGAGCCGCCGCGUUGCUCGUGUCCGGGUCGCCCUUGCAGCGAGAGGCCCUGGAGUUCCAGGCGAGCGUCUUCCAGCAGCAGCAGCAGCAGCAACACCGUCACCACGACCUCGAACACUACGCUGCUGCUGCAGCUGCUGCCGCCGCAGCCGCUGCGGCAGCCGCGACGGUUGCCGGAACCACCGCGGACGAUGGACGCAAGUCUGCACGCCCGAACUGCGGUGGUUCGCUCUCUCCAGUGCUUGGAGUCAGCGGCGGACAAGUCAAAACAGAAAAAGGUUUGUCUCCAAACGGCAUCAGCAGCGGCUCUUCCGCUGCGGGCGACGACAACACAAGCGGCGGCGGCGGUGCUGGUGGCGGCAAGCGGGUGCGCACAGCGUUCACCAGCACCCAGCUGCUGGAGCUGGAGCGCGAGUUCACCUCCAACAUGUACCUGUCGCGGCUGCGGCGCAUCGAGAUCGCCACCUACCUCAAGCUGUCCGAGAAGCAGGUCAAGAUCUGGUUCCAGAACAGGCGCGUCAAGUACAAGAAGGAGAGCAACCACGGGCGCCGGCAGCUGCCGCCGAACCACCAGUGCCAAUGCAGCAGCGCCGCCGCUCUGCGAUUCGCCAGGAGGCAGGACGUGUCGCCUUCGGCCAAGUGCGAGGCCAGAGCGAAGCCCACGAAGUCGUCGACGCUGUCGGGAGACAGCGAAGACGACGCCGAACUGAACGUGUGCAGCUCCUCGCAGGACUCGGCCGACGCUUGUGCGCACGCGAUGAACACGGACUGCGAGGAGAGCGACGGUUGAUCUUGGUGGUCUUUGACUUGCGAACAAGCCUCGCUGGUUUCGUACUCUGGCUUCUAGCUGGUAGUGCAGCAGCUGCUCUGGGUUUCCAGAAGCGGCAAUCGUUGUACGCUACUUGAACUGUGCUCACAAAUGCCUCAUGUUGAGGAGGAGUAGGAGUGUUGCUUGCUGCCGGCGGGCCUAUAGCCUUGCAAAACAUGCCCGUGAUGGCGUCGCUGUGGCGACACUAAUCGAGUGUGGUAGGCCCUGAAGCUCACCACAAUACAACUGGUUAGCACAAGGACAUCCGGUGACUCAAGGGAAGACUAAAGGCGAGAUCGGAUUUGAACCGGGGUGCGACAGACUGCGUGCCAUUCAUUCCACGUUUCUCCGAUAUUCCACCCUCACGGCUCAGUAUCCCACCCACACUGCAAGCUCUGUAGCAGUGCUGUAGCUCUACUUCAGUCCUCCGGAAGUUGACUGCUGUAGAAUCGAUGCCGUAGGAGUGAAGAAUAGCUUGCAAGCGGAGUGAAUGCAAGACUGGCUAACCCUCAUGGCCUCCAAGGUGACGGUGCAACGUCUGUUCGGCAUCCACGGACGCCAUAAUUUGAUGUCACUUACACGAUGUUAGCAAAUGCCUUAUGUUGAGGACAACUGAAGUAUCCGGGCCUGGUAAUGAACGAAUGAUCGCAUGGAGAAUGGCGGCUGCUCUGGAGGGGCGAGAAGCUCGAACUGCACGUCCGAGAUGAUGUCACGACCAUUGGUAUAGACUGUGUCGACAUCCACGCAGUGAUUGUGUUUUGAUAACGUUGUGACGCAGCCGUUUGAUACUUUUGAAAGCGAUACGCUGCUCCGUGGUUGAUAUUGAGCUAACAGAACUCAGAACAUGAUGUUGUGAGAGGCGCAGUGUGCGCGACACGCUGAGCGCUCUUACGGAGAGGAAAGAGCUGACGCCUGUUUUUGAAGAGAAUCAUCUACAGCAAUCAGAUAACUCUCGAGCAGCCUAACAACUGCACUGAUUCAAGAUUUAUAGAAGUCGAAGUUCUGUGGUUGCUUCUGUGCUUUGAAAACAAACAUUUCAUGUGCGAAUAAAAGCUUUGGGC